UAAGGAAUAAGAAUUAUUAAGUUUCUAGUAGUAAUUAACGAACAUCAAUCUUUGCCUAUAUAUAUAUGUAUGUAUAUGCAUUGAGAGAGAGAGAGAGAGAGAGAGAGAGAGAGAGAGAGAGAGAGACAGUAGAUACAUAUAUACCCUAUGGAUAAUAACGAUGAUGCAUGUGGAUGUGGCAGUGGGUCAAGGUCUUCUUCUUCUUCUUCAAGAUUGAAGUACCUGAUAAUACGGCCGGAGAAGGGUGGAAUCGGGGACUUAUAUCGUUACCUGGUGUGGGCAGACCUGGCGAGCGGGCUGAGCUUCCUGGAGGGUUCGGACCAGGAACUGGUGGAAAGAGUGGCGGUGGAUCACAGAUGGGUCAUACUGGUGUCACUCAUACUCCGCAAAUUCAUUGCCUUUUUUGCCAAGCCCCUGGAGUGGACUGGCUAUGCUUUUGACUUCUUUCUCAAUCUCCUCUCUCUCAAUCACAACCUUCUUGGUCUACUCUCCAACCUCUUACAAGGAAAGGUGGUGGUGCCAGAGCGGGACACGGAGACCUUCAUAAGUACGGUUGGGCAUUUAGAUGGGCGGAUUGACCUUUACAAGGCCCAAAGCUUACUACUACUGCAAGAUACUAAUAAUAAUAGUGAAUCAUCUGUUUUUGGGGAGAGAAGCAUAAGAAUAGAAGUGGGGAACCGGGCCCUUAUGGACCUUUGCAUCAUGGCCUCCAAGUUGGCAUAUGAGAAUUCCAAAGUCAUUAAAAAUGUUGUACUUCACCAUUGGAAGAUGCAUUUUGUGGACUUCUACAACUGCUGGAAUGAUUUCCAAAGGGAGAGGUCGACCCAAGUGUUCAUACUGUGUGACAAGGAUAAAGAUGCGAAUUUGAUACUGAUCAGCUUCAGGGGCACAGAACCUUUUAAUGCGAAUGAUUGGAGUACCGAUUUUGACUACUCUUGGUAUGAAAUCCCAAAAUUGGGAAAAGUUCACAUGGGAUUCUUAGAAGCCUUGGGUUUGGGCAACAGAGCUGAUGUUGUCACCUUCCAAAAUCACCUUAAAAAAUGGACUAAUUCAGGUGGUGUUCGUGUUAGCAAAAGCCCUUCACAAGGCAGAGAAUCAGUAUCCUCAAACAUUGAUUGGGGCCAAGAACAAGAUCAAGGUAUUAAGAAGAUUCCACCAGAAAUGGUGGAGAAGACUGCGUACUAUGCUGUAAAAAGUAAGCUCAAGAGCUUAUUCAAGGAGCACGAGAAUGCAAAAUUCGUAGUCACUGGACAUAGCUUAGGUGGGGCACUUGCCAUAUUAUUCCCAAUGGUGCUGGUGCUACAUGAGGAGAAGGAGAUAAUACAAAGGUUAUUGGGUGUAUACACAUUUGGACAGCCCAGGGUUGGGAACAAGGAACUGGGGAGGUUCAUGGAAGCCCAUUUGAAUCAUCCAGUCCCAAAGUACUUCAGGAUGGUCUACUGCAACGACCUUGUGCCGAGAUUGCCUUACGAUGACAAAAUCUUUUUCUAUAAACAUUUUGGAGUGUGCCUUUACUAUGACAGCCUAUACGUUGAAAAGCAUAUGGAUGAGGAGCCAAACAGAAAUUACUUUGGAAUGAGAUACCUGAUACCAGAGUAUCUGAAUGCUGUUUGGGAAUUAAUCCGAGGUUUAAUAAUGGGCUACACCCAUGGGCCAGAGUAUAAGGAGGGCUGGUUUUCCAUACUGCUCAGGGUGAUAGGACUGGCACUUCCUGGUCUUUCUGCACAUUGCCCCACAAAUUAUGUCAACUCUGUGAGGCUUGGAAAGGAGCGCAUCAUUCAGUUAUCCUCAUUCUAAGAAAAUCUCAUCUUGCAAAUAAUGCUGGUCAUAGUGUAGAAUAAGAACGCAAUCAUCAAGUCAAGAGGUCAGAAUAAUGUUGCUUUUUUGAGUUACACGUUAACUAUAGUGUGUCUAUCUGUCCCCGUUUGACAUUGAUUUUGUUGCUAAAAAAGUAGUGUAUUGAAACCGAACUCUUACUUGAUGAGGAUAAACACACAUCUUUACCUAAGAAGGUUGUUUGUUCAUUAUCACUGCAGAAAAUGUACGUCUCGUUAGGUAAUUCUUUCCUUAGUAUA